GAAAUAGAAAGGGGGUUUCCUGGUGCCAGUUAGCUUAGCGCUGUCGCUUUGACAGCUAGCUACAUCAGAAGAAUGUCAAUACUAUCGCUGGAAAUUAUUUGAUACGAUUUUAAUAGAAAUACAACCUAGAAGUGGUAUCAGUUGCCGGAAAUACGCUUAGUUUGCCACAGUCACACCAGAGCUAAGUUAGCUAACUAACGUCAGCCUGAUUAACGCCAACUAGCUACGUAUACAGAUACAAGCAGCAUGGUACAGCCCCAGACAGACACCUGGGACAUGGCUGGGGACGAGGGAGGCGGGGCUCUCCGGGUUCCUGCUGAGCUGGCAGCCAAUGAGGUGGUGACCAGACUACUGGGCGACAACCAGCAGCUCCGAGAGGCGUUGCGGACCAGCAACCAGGCCCUGCGUGAGCGCUGUGAGGAGAUGGAGGAAUGGAAGCGGAGAUCUAGAGAAGAGAGGGAAUUCCUCAGCUGUCGUUUCCAGGAGGCCCGGGCGCUAGUGGAGAGACUGGCCAGGGAGAACCACAGCCUUACCAGCCUGGCCAGCCCCUCCAACCCUGGAGCGAACCAAGGCCUGCUGGUCAACGGUCCCAGUUUCAGCCAGGACUCCUGCCCCGAAUCCAAUGGGGGUCCUGGGAGUGGAGGGGAGCAUGAGAAGAGGUCCGAGACCAACGGAACCGUAGCAUCCUCACUGGUCAGUACGGAGCCCUCAGGAGGAGGGACUGGGUUUCUCCAGCUGCUGAAGAGCCACAAAGAGACGUUGGAAGAAGGGAUGAGAGAUCUGAUGAGGAGGAAUGAGGAGCUGGAGAAAGAGAGGGAGGAGGGAGAGCGGGAGAGAGACUGCCUUCGUCGCUCGGUUGAGCAGCUCGGAUCCAAGCUGGUUCAGGCGCAGAGCUCUGGUGUUACCGAGGAAACGGUUCAGCAUUCCGAUGCCCCGCCCCCGUCUGACAGCUCCCACCUGGCCAAACUCACAGAGCAGCUACAAGCCACACAGUGCAGGUACAGAGAGCUGCAGGAGAAGUUAGAUUGCCUCCAGAAGACUUCAGCUCAGAGAGACAGAACUGAAGUGCUGCUGAAACAGAAGGACAAGGACUGUAACCAGCUGGCUAAGGACGGCGAGGCGCUGAAGGCCCAGGUGACGUCCCUUCUGGGUGAGCUGAGAGAGAGACAGAGCUGUCUGGACCAGAGCCAGCAGGACCGCAACAUACUGGACGACAAGCUGAGCAGUACUCGGGAAGCGUUGGCAGCAUCAGAGAGAGAGAUGGAACAGCAGAAGAAGCAGCACUCUGUGACCGUAGACAAACUACUGCUGCAGACACACAACCUAGAGGUCGCCCUGAAGACUGACCGCCUGGUUAUCACUGAAGAGAGGAGGAAGCUAGCCCAGCUGCAGCACGCCUACACCUGUCUGUUUAAGGACUAUGACUGCAAACUAAAGGCUGAGGGAGGAGACAUGGUUGUUCGUCUGGAGGAAGCAGAGAGAGCGUUGGCUCUGAAACAGGACCUGAUUGACAAGCUGAAGGAAGAGGUGGAGCAACAGAGAGGAUCUCUAGAGACCGUCCCUGUUCUCACCGCCCAGGCUGAGAUCUACAAGGCGGACUUCCUAGCGGAGCGGGAGGCCAGAGAGAAGUUGAACCAGAGGAAGGAGGAGCUUCAGGACCAGCUGAACACGGCGCUGGCUGAGAUGGAGCGUCUGAAACAAGAGGGGACGUCACGGGCUCGGAUGGAGGAGAUGCAGCAGAGACACCUGGAAGACUUCAUACCACGACCCCACAUCCCCCCACAACCAGGGGUUGCCUUUAACACGGCCCCUCCCCCUUCCUCCUUCCGCAGCGUGGGAUUGGCUGCAGGAGUGGCAGGGGGUGUCUCUGGAGGCGGGGCUGAAGAGCUCCCUGAUUACCGCUGUCCAAAGUGCCAGUACCAAGCCCCCGACAUGGACACACUGCAGAUACAUGUCAUGGACUGUAUCCAGUAACACACACACACCCGUCACCAACCACCCGGCUAUAUGUGAUAGAGAGAACAUCUGAGGUCAUUACCGGCUAAUAUAGAAAAUACGCUGAAGGCUACAGUCAAAAGAUUGCAUAACGAUUUUAUUUUAUUUUUUUAAACAUUUUUUUUUUUUUUUUUAGAUAGGCCUGUGUUUCUGCUUAUUACCAACUUGUUUGUUAGUUCACUGAUGUUGAGUCCGAUAUAUAUGCAGCUUUUCUUCUGUCGUUAGGCUAUAUGUUAACCUAGAAGACUGAACAACCCCCUUACUCACCAGAAUAAUGUCAUAAAUCGAUGCUUCAAUCUACUUGAUAAUCGGUAAAGUUCUGCUUUCCUCUUCAAUCUCUGCUUCUGUCACACAGGAACGGCGUUUAGGGACCGGGGAGAAAAUGCAAUAAUCCCCCCCCCCACAAAAAAAAAACAGUUUUAAGGACAUUAAAAGCUGUUAAAACAAACUGACAUGUUUCUGGUUUCAGUUCGGCUAAAAGAUAGCACCUUUACAGACGGCCCCUAACCACACAUUCUCUCAAAAAUGCUGAAAGAAAGAUAUCUCAAAAUGUACAUUUUGGUGUAUCAUUUUACUGCAAGAAAUCCUUAAUUCUCCAGUAGUUAAUAUUAAGGCUAAUGUGAAAGGUUAUAGAACUAUAGUUAUUGUCCAGAGUUCAGUUUCCAUUCAGCCCGUCUGAACACUACAGUUCCCUUGACAUGCCAUUUUGAAGUCCCCAUCUUGUGACUGUCUAAUUUCUACAGCGCCUCACAAUCAUCAGACGGAACAUUCACUGCUAUCAUCCUCUUUAACCACUUCACUAAAUCUUCCCCAAACAUUACUGUUCUGGCCUUUCCUUCUCUUUAUUUUCAAGUCUCCGUUUCACACAGCUUUUCUCUUCUUGAAUUAAAAACUCUGACAUUGUC